GUCAGGGGAGGCCAGGAGGCCGCUGCGUUCCGGUGAUGGCUGAUGUGUAUUCUUGGAGACAGUGUCGACUUACUCGGCCAGCUCCAGGUUAAGGCCCGGCCCGCCUGCACCUGAGCCCCACGACCAGAGAAGGCGAGGAAAGCCGCAGAUCGCCCUGUGCUGAGGCCCGCCGUCCCGGUGCGAGCAGAGCGCGGCCGCCGUGGUUGGGCGAAGGAGGUGCUUCCGAACCCGGAUUUGCGGCUUGAGGUCUGCAAAGUGACCACUCUGGCAGCUCCUCUCGCGCUGUCCCUGGCCUGGCCCCUUGUGAAAAGAAUUGGGCGUCCCCCUUUCUGGAGCUGUCCCCCGCAACCCUCAGAAAACGCGAAACCUCUCGAGCAAGGCCUCGGCUUUCAGAACGCGGCCCAGAAGAAAGACGGUGGGUGAGCGUGAGCGGGAGGGUCCCGAGACCCGGGGAGCAGUGACCUGGUUAUCAGAGAAUGUAUUUAUCGGGCAAAAAAACACCCUCCCUCCCUCCGCUCGGAUCCAAGUUGCCUGAGAACUGAAACGACAUCCCAGGAUGAAUUGGAGAGGGUUCAACUGAGUUACACAUCGGGAAGUGGGGUUGGAGUUUCUCCGAAGCCCCAGGCCCCUCGGACGUCUUUUUGGGCUCCCGCGUGGGCUGAGACGGUUGGGACGAUCGCCAGAUUCAGCUAAAAGGGCAGAGACGCGAAGAGAAGCCCGUGGCGAGGGGCGGAUGGGGGCUGGGGGGAGGCCUAGACAGCCCGGCAGAGGCUCCAGUCCGCUUUUUGCCUCCGACUGCUGGCUCCUUCCCCACCCGCCGUCCCUCGCCCCGCCCCGCCCCGCCCCCCACCUUGGGGCAGGUGAGCGGCGGCCAAUGGGCGAGCGCGGGGCAGGUGCCGGCUAACUCGCGCCUCGCAGUACAGCGGCCGAAGCUGAGCUGGGCAGUGCUGGGAGGACCAGGGGCGGGGGUCUGUCCUGGCUGGACUCGGGAGGGAGGGGGCCGGGCUCAGCCCCCAGGCCGUAGAGGCAGCUCGCAACAUCGCACGGAACCCGCGCCAGUGCCCGCGCCGGGAGCUGCCCGCUCGGCCCCAGAGGCCGGCGCGCCUAGCUGCGCGCGGUGGCCCGACUCCGCGUUCGCUCGCUCUCACGCCCCUCGCCUCUCCGCGCCUGGCUCGCCGGCAGGGUCUGAGCGAGGGCGGGCGGGCGGGGGAGGUGAGGGGUGCUGGUGUGUGUGCAUGUGCCUGGCUGGGUGCACACCCCGCACGGCGGCGGCGCCAGGACGCGGAGCGCUCCCCAGAGCCCGGCUGCCUCGCUCGGCUCCGGCGACCGCGACCAUGUUCCAGCCCACAGCCAAGCGCGGCUUUACCAUCGAGUCCUUGGUAGCCAAGGACGGCGGCACCGGCGGGGGCACUGGCGGCGGGGGCGCCGGCUCCCAUCCCCUGGCGGCGGCCGCCUCGGAGGAGCCACUCCGGCCCACGGCGCUCAAUUACCCUCACCCCGGCGCGGCCGAGGCGGCCUUCGUGAGCGGCUUCCCCGCCGCCGCCGCCGCCGCCGCCGCCGCCGCGGGCGCCGGUCGCUCGCUUUACGGUGGGCCCGAGCUCGUGUUCCCCGAGGCCAUGAACCACCCCGCGCUGACCGUGCACCCGGCGCACCAGCUGGGCGCCUCCCCGCUGCAGCCCCCGCACUCCUUCUUCGGCGCCCAGCACCGGGACCCUCUGCACUUCUACCCCUGGGUCCUGCGGAACCGCUUCUUCGGCCACCGCUUCCAGGCGAGCGACGUGCCCCAGGACGGGCUGCUUCUGCACGGCCCCUUCGCGCGCAAGCCCAAGCGGAUCCGCACGGCCUUUUCGCCCUCGCAGCUCCUGCGGCUGGAGCGCGCCUUCGAGAAGAACCACUACGUGGUGGGCGCCGAGCGGAAGCAGCUGGCCGGCAGCCUCAGCCUCUCGGAGACGCAGGUGAAGGUGUGGUUCCAGAACCGGAGGACAAAGUACAAGCGUCAGAAGCUGGAGGAAGAGGGGCCUGAGUCUGAGCAGAAGAAGAAGGGCUCCCAUCACAUCAACCGGUGGCGCAUCGCCACGAAGCAGGCCAACGGGGAGGACAUCGACGUCACCUCCAAUGACUAGGGUGGGCAGCCUCGGAUCCACGAGAGCAGAGCACCUGCUCGCUGCUGGCCAGGGCCCCUGGGUGGGCCCAGCUGGACUCUGGCCGCUCUCCCGCCAGGCUUCGGGGAGGCCUCGAGCCACGGCCGCACAGGGCUUGGAGCCUGGGGCCACUGCUGACGGAAGGACAAGAAAUGGGCUGGCUGAGGCCUGGGACUCCUCCACCUUCUCCUCAGAGAGCCCGCCUGCCUGGGCAGGCCGCCGGCCACAGCAGCCUCCCAGCCAUUCUCCACUUCUCUGAUCUCCUGUUUGUUUUGAUGCGUUUCUGUUUUAAUUUAUUUUCCAGGCACCCACUGUAGUUCUUAGUGAUUCCCUUGUAUCUCCCUUCCCUAUGGGAAUAAUAAAAGUCUCUCUCUUAAUGACAUGGCAUCCAGCUCCACCCCCCGGAGCCUGUGAGCCUGGGGGGUGGAUUCGGGCUCUGGGGACCAAGUGGGGACAGGCAGAGCAAGCUUGUACAGCACUUGGGAGCCUGGGGCAGGGCCUGGGAGACUCAACCCAUUACCUUUACUCCUCUGAUGGUGGUCCACCCUGAUCUUGAGCUCUAGCUCUAGAGAAAGGGAAACUGAGGCUAGAUGUGGGGAAAGACCAACCUGUGUCUUAAGGGAGGCUAACUACACUCAGGCCUUUCCAAGGUUAUGGAGCAGUGGGAAGCAGGCACAUGUGGCUUAGGGGAGAGACAGAAUAUGCCCACUUCUGCGUGCUGAGAGAUGCGCCUACUGAGAGAUGCUGGGGGCUCCUUCAAGUGAAGAGACACUGGGAGUGAAAGGGAGGGCUGGGGGCAGAGCACCAUUCAUAGAAGCUGACCAUCCCAGGCCCAGGUUCUGGCCCCGCUGGGACACUCAUCCAUCCCCAGAGCACCCCCCCCCCAACACACACCAUGCAGAGGAAAGCUUUCGAGAUGGGGCAUAAGGCUGAGCCCACCACCUGUCCCCAAGGACGCAGGGCCUCUAGCCGGGAAAGAGAAAUAGGGCAGGGCCUGACUGAGCUCUUUAAUCCACCUGCCCUUCUGGUUGUCUGCUAGCCUUUCCUCCUGUCACAAUUCCUUCAUCUUUAAAACGCAAGACCUGUAUUCCUAACCUUUCCCUUACGACAUCCAGACCUGUCUCCACUUCUUCACCUGCCGUGUGCUCCCCAACCCUCUGCCUGUGCUGAUGACAUCACCAAUCACCGAUUACCAGCACCCUUGGGGCCAAACUCAGCUGCCACCUGUUCGGCUUUACUUACACCGUUCUCUUCUGGCCGUUCCCUCCUUGACUCCCACACCCCUGCCUUCAUUUCAGUGCCUCUGACACUGUCACCUGCCCCUCCGUCCUCCUGUCUUGUCCUUGCCUCAUCGGCCCUGUUCCUCAUCAGGGCCAGUCCCUGUGCCUCCUGCCUCUUCACUGUGCCCUGCCCCUGGGGCUUCACAUCUAUGUCCGGAACUUCUCCUGGCUCCCCGGACUCCCUCCAGCUGACCCCUGCCGAGCUGCAGACCCACCAAGCUUGCUGCCCACAUCUGCUGCCUCCAGGCCCCCUGGCACCUCGAAUCCAACACAUUCACCACUGACUCAUCUCCCCACCAGUUCUCCUUCAGGACUGCCCACCUUGGCAAACAGCCAAGGUUUCUUCUACCUUGGGAAGCAGUGCCCAUGGCUCCCAGGGCGUGGGGAGGGGAGGGAAGGGAAGGAGUGGUAGGCGUAAUGAGGUUUGUGUGGAUGUCAAAGAGGAGGUCCCUCCACACUCUGGCUAGCGCAUAGGACUGUGUCACGCCCAUCCUAAGCCCCUCACUCUACCCCUACUUCUUUCCCAGCCUUGGCCUCUCCUACCUCACUCCUGGUGCCCUCUACUUCAGUCUUGCCCCUGUCAUCCCUGUCCCCCAGUAAGCCAUGGGUUUCGCCUGUGCUGUGCCUUUACUUGUGUUUCUCUGGGCUCCUGGAAUGUGCUGGGGACUUGAUCAAUGUUGACGUCCAUGUUGAAGACCUGCUGUCUGGGGCACAUGCAGGGAUCCAAGCACAGAAGGUCCUUUUGCCCGGACUGUCAGCAUCUCGCUUGGGUCCAGUCAAUGCUAGAAACUAAAGGGCUUUCUCCCAUCCCAAUGCCCUUCCCCACCCCCUCCACCAGGAAACACACUCCUUACAACUCGAACGUCCUAACCUCAAGGUGCGUUCUCUCGCUGCCAAGCAGGCGGAUAACCUCUGGGGAGCAUGUACACCCCAGUGGGGUGAGGUGGAGAAGGGGAGGCGUCCUUUUGGCACUGGUGGGGGCAGAGGAAUGGGAGAACUGUUCCUCUCCAGAUUCUCUCACUUGGUGGGGGAGGGGGUGCGUGAGGAUCACAGCAGAGCCGCCCCUGUCAUCCAGAUAAAGGGCUGGAAAGGACCCAAGGAAACCUGCCAAUCUUCCUAGGCCAGGCCCGCGAGGGGCGGGGCGGGAGUCCCCACCGCACUCCCAUCCAUCCCCCGUGUUGUGCCUCUCCCUGCAGACGGUAAAUAUUGGUGUUGUGACUUCAUUAAUAAAGGCUUCUGUGAGCCUGAAAAAC